AUGCUGCGUCUCGAUGCCCUACGCACCCUGCUGGCUGCACUGGUCGGCAGUGACGAUGCACAUUCACUAGGAGCACAUACGGCGCUACUUACCGUGUACCAAUCUGCAGACCUGUUUGCGUAUGCAUCGGCGCUUGGCGACGCGCCUUCGUCUGCCCUGCCUGCUGCGUCGCAACACGGCGAGGCCCGUGCGCGUGCGCUCGCGGCUGUAUCCAUCGCGGCGUGGCGCGAGCACGCGUGGCGGAACGCGGCACCGCUCUCCGGCUCCACGCGCUUCACCCAAAAGGGCAGUGUGACGGCCUCGCCGGAGCAGCGGUCCGCGCAUCGGCGCAUGGGCUCCAACCCGCGGCGCGAGCAGCUGAGUGCGAGUGCGCGCGGGCGGCGCGACUCGUCGCUGGACGAGCGCGAACGGAGCGAUGACACUGCUACACUCCCCUUGUGCAUCGAGUGCGAGUAUGGGCGCCUGCUGGUGCUCCCACUCCACAUUGCGAGCCUCGUGCCAGCGGCGUACAAAGGCCGCGAGACGCGUACGUCACGCGCGCACCCCUCGCCACACGGCCCCAGCCGGCGCACAUCCUACGCGGGAUCGAGCGAUAACGCGGCCGUGCGAACGUCCGUCGCGGUGACACGGUCGGCUGUAAAUACGGACGAGAGCUACGAUACGGCUCUCUCUACCGAAGACGAGCUGCCGUCGGGCCAAGAUACAGACAAGGAAUCCGUGGUGGCUAGUGUGGGCCGCUUGGAGCGCCGCGGCCAAGAUACCAUACUGCUCCUCACGCUGAAUGCGGCACACAGCGACGCGCACGAGCCAUGGCAAGUGCUCUUGGACCAAGCGCUCUCAUUCGCUGAGAUCUGUGAAACCAGCACGGCGCCCCAUGUGGCGCUGUCCCCCCAGGGCUGA